CAUAUAUAAAGUGGAUACGUUUUGGUCUGCAUUAUUCAGUCGACUCGAGACACUACUUCUUUAGACAUGUUUUCGAAACUGCUCGUGUGUUUGCUCUUGGCAGCGGUGAAUGCUGUCCCUCAGGGGUAUGGGGCACCUCCCCCUCCGUCCUACAGCGCACCCGGUGGUCCCUCGGGCCCCGUGGUUCCUAUUCUCGUCGACGUUCGCGAGGGACCUGAUGCUGCUGGGGUCUACAACUUCAACUUCGAAACUGGGGAUGGUAUCAGCCGUCAUGAGCAAGGCGCCCCUCAGGGACCUGAAGGAGCAGUUGCCGCACAGGGCGGGUGGUCCUUCACCUUCCCUGACGGAACUCCUGCCGUGUUCAACUUCGUAGCUGAUGGCAGUGGGUACAGCGUGCAGUCUGACUUCCUGCCGACGCCCCAUCCUCUUCCCCCCCACGCCAUCGCCCAGAUCGAAAAGGCUCGACAGGAGGACGCUGCUGCCGCCGCUGGAGGAGCACGUCCUCAGUACAGCGCCCCUCCUCCUCCACCAAGUCAAGGAUACGGCUUCUAAAUCUGACUAUGUCUUCUUCCUCGUCUGAACAAGAAACUGCUUUCGGGAAACGCUCGCUAGGAUAGCGUUCGUGGAAUACGCAUCCAUC